AUGGCAUGGUUGAAGCAUGCCGGUAACGCUCGUCUCGAAAUGAUUAGAGGUGAGAGUAUGGUUGAUUAUUUUGAACCUGAGCAAAGCAUGUUAGAACAACAAUCUAUAAAUACAGCUAGUGUUAGUGAAAAUGAGAUGAGCUUUGAUAAUGAGGAAGAUGAAUUUUGUUUUAAUGACAUUAUUAGAGAUAAAAGUCGGAAUGAGAAAGCAAAAGCUUUCUUACAUUUGUUGAAGCAAUGUAAUAAUGGUAAAAUUAUAUGUGAUCAAAAAGUAGUUUAUGGUGAUAUAUUAUGUUUCAAAGUUUAA